AUGACUGAACUACGUCGUACAGAAACAAGGCACAAACAAGACCCGCGAAAGUCCACUCUGACCCAACUAAACGCCAUUAGAGAUCAGGUGAAACAACUCACACAGGCUGGCACAGAGAAAGCCCUCAAGUGGCUCAAACAAAAAUACUAUGAGAAAAGAAAUAAAGCUGACUUUAUGCUGGCACAUUGCCUCAAACAUGGAGUGGAAUCAAAAUGGAUAGACAAAAUGCGCACCCAAUUGGGACAACGUAGCAAGGUCCCAGAACGAAUAGGGGAAAGAGUCCAGAAAUAUUUCACAGCCCUGUACAACCACACCCCCUCCCUAACACCGGAUGAUGUUUCAUACCGGGCGGGCAUUAAUACCUUCUUAGACAAACUUAACCUUCCCACCCUUCCCCAGAUAACUAAAACGGCAAUAGCAGCGGUAGUAACAACAGAAGAAAUGGCGGUGGCCCUCAAAAUCUUCAAGCCCAACAAGAGCCCUGGCCCAGAUGG